GCUUACAUUUCUUGUGCGAGUAUUAAACGCUUUGCGCGGGCUAAUAGGAUUACUGGCGAAAAAGUAAACGUCCCUCAAAAUGUGAAGAUUCCUACUUGCUUGUAAAUUUUCGAGUGAGUAUAAUUUAGUGCAUUAUUUCUACACCUAGUGCUUGAAGCUGCGGUGUGUUACAAACAUAAACGCGAACUUAGUUACAAUCAAAACCUUGCGUCUUUGAGAGCUUGUCCUAUUACGAUGGGGUUGCUUAAAAUUCUUAUAAUAUCACUAGCAACAUUACUGGUAGUUUUAACAACAACCUUGUCCGUGACCUGGUUAAUUCUUGGUUAUGAUCACAUUCCCAACAAAGUGGCAACGGCAAAAUCUCUGCAGAAUUCUUCUUUCGAUUUUAUAAUUGUGGGUGCGGGAACAGCAGGAUGCGUGUUGGCCAAUCGUCUUUCAGCAGUUGCUAACUACUCCGUUCUACUGAUAGAAGCGGGAAAUAUUUUUGGGGCAGCAUCCAUAGUUCCGCUUCUUAGCACGGCCCUGCAGCUGACCAAAUUCGAUUGGGCUUUCAGAACAACCCCACAAAAGUACUCAUCUAGGGGGUUAUUUCAGCAGCAACAAUUUAUACCGCGUGGUCGUGGUCUCGGUGGAUCGGGACAAAUUAACUACAUGCUACACUUCACCGGUGUUAAGGAAGAUUAUGACCGUUGGGAACGCUUGGGUGCACAUGACUGGAGUUACGAACGAAUGAAACCUUAUUUGGAUCGAUUCGAGGGAAAUCUAGCAGACAAGACAAAUGAAAACAAUAAUAACUGUCACUCUGAGCAACAACGGGAAGAACAUUUUAAGUCCAAUCCCUACCCGGCAUUUCUGACAAAUAUCAGCAAUCGUUCGGUACCAAAGUUGUGCUUCCGAGCUGCCCCAGCUGGUCAAUAUUCUUCACAACCACCAAAAUUGCACGUCAAAACUAUUGACCCAAAAACAAACAAUCUCACCAGUGCCUUUCUGCGCGCUCGUUCGGAGUUAGGUUUGGAGCACAAUUUCAACGCAGCAAAGUACACCAUCCGUGAUGGAAUCCGUUGGAGCACCUAUCACGAGUACCUACGGCCUGCAUUCGACCGAACCAAUCUACGCAUUCUACCCGACACCGUGGUACAGAAAAUUAUUUUCGACAACCAUCGAACUGCGAUUGCUGUUUCGAUCCUGAAUCCGAACGAUGGCAGCUCAAUUGAAAUCAGAGCCACGAAGGAAAUAAUCCUCAGUGCGGGUGCAAUUCAAUCUCCUCAACUGCUGAAAUUGUCCGGCAUUGGGCCAACUCUCGAGCUCCAGCGGCACGGAAUUCCCGUCAUUCAUUACUCACCUAAUGUUGGUCAAAACUAUUUUGAUCAUCUGAAUCUUCCGCUGUUCGUGUCUAUCAAUCAAACGGCCAGUGUGACUGUAGACAAGAUUCUGAACGUUGGCAACAUUUGGAAUUACCUUUCCAAAGGUAGUGGAGUCCUUUCCAGCACAGCCGUGGCUGGAAUCGGAAGUCCACGAGGAGCGAAGUACGGGAUUAUCCUGUUCGGAAUGGGUAGCGUUGAUGAGCAUGCGUUAAGGCACGUGUCCAACAUGCACCAGGAUGCAUUCCGUGCCCAUUUCCCUUUGUAUUACAAUAGUAGCCAGGAGGGAUUUCUCUUCCUCAGUACGUGUCAUCAACCGAAAAGUCGUGGAGCGGUUUACCUGCGCGAUCGCUAUGCGGAUUCACACCCGUUCAUCAAUCCCAACUAUUUGAAGGAUAAGUUCGAUAUCGAAUGCAUGGGUGCAGCUAUUCGACUGGCCGCGCGGACAAUUGAAACUAGUCCGUUCCGUCGCCUGAAUGCUACACUACAUUGGCCGAAGGUGACAGCUUGUGCUAAUUUCGGACCAACUGAGGAAGACUUUCGUACCAACAGACCAGAUGAUCGCUACCUGGAGUGUAUUUUACGAACGUCGGCAUUGACCGGUCAUCAUCCCGGAGGGACGGCUGCUAUUGGAUUGCAUUCGGAGGCGGUUGUGGGCAAUGAUUUGAAGGUGCGAGGGGUGAAAAACUUACGCGUAGCGGAUGCUAGCGUUUUUCCAGCACCAGUUUCCGGGACACCGAAUUCGGUUGUAGUUGCCGUGGCAGAGAAAGCAGCUGAUGUGAUUCUUAGUGAAUACAGUAACAGGUAACAACUUUUCUUCAACAGUUAUAUAGUACCUUAUUUUUUAUUUUUGAAUGUUAUAUAAA